UUUCAGUCAGUGCCAACGAUACUGUCCCGCGCGGUUGCGCAAUCUUACGUUCUUUCCUGCGCGAACAAAACGGCAGCCCUUAGGAUACCUAUUAAAUGUGAUUCGUCUCACCACUCGCACAUUUUACCACAGGCCUACAGCUCGUCGCUGGCUGGCCUAUGUUGCUGACGCGGCUGAGUCGACCCGCGGCAUCAGGAAAGAACGUAAGAACGCGCAACCGCGCGGACAGUAUCGUUGGCACUGACUGAAAAAGCGUCGUAUGCUGACCAGCCGAGGCCCAGGCGUGCCGGGCAUGCGCCCAACUUCGCAUGGGCGGCAUGGCGCCUGCCUUGGUUCACACCGGCGUGGAUGUGGAACGGCGAGCCACGGGCGCGCCUGGCGCGUCGUGGCCGCGUGCCACCUGCCCGAGGGGAGCGCGGGAGCCACCCCGGGAGUCGGGUCGCCGCCUGCAGCUGCAGCAGGGCAGGAUUCAAUGCAGCGGUUCGCGGCGAUGCUCGAUCGGAAGCUGAACCCUAUCAAGACAAGCCUUCAAGAAAUGAAGAAAAGCCUUCACCAGGUUGAAAGCUUUAGCGCAAUACUAGUGGAGGCCGUCGCGGGCAGGGCGCUGCGUGAUCGCGAGCAGCAGAAGCAGGAGGCGGCAAGCGUGGUCCUGAAGGAUGCGGCCAGUGUGGUGAACUGCGUGCUGCCUCCCGGGCUGCCGCCACACGUGCACGAGGUGGCGGCAGGCAAGCUGGCGGCCUGGCUGGUAGAGGAGGACCGGGGCCUACGCGCUAUCCUGGAGUCGGAGCUGCGUGCGGUCCCCUCCAGGCUCACCAAAAAAGCAAACGCGCAGUGGAAGGCGGCAGCGGCGAGUGCCGCCCAGGCAGCAUUGGCAAUACUGCAAGGCGCUGCGUGUGAUCAGCAGAACUACUCGCCGGCGCUGGACGCCCUCAAGUGCUGCGCGGACCGCCUGCCUGUCUCCCUGCAGCUGCUGGAAACCUAUGCCACCAGUGACCGGGACACGGCCCUGGCGCUGAUGCGCGGCGAGCUGUGCGUGGCCGCCCUGACGGCGCUGCACCCGCUCAGCAGCGGCGAGGCCUCCUCGACCGCCACACAGCUGCAGGUGGACCGCCUGCUGCCGCUGCGCGUGUGUGCAGAGGCCGGCGGCGGUAAAGGCGGCAGCCACGGUCGCAGCGGCAGCGGCAGUGGGGACGGCGACGGCGACGGCGGCAGCACAUCUGGGCCCCGUGUUGGACCCGGGGUCACGGCCGUGCUGGAGAUCCAGGAGAUCAAGUCCAGCAGCGCAGGUCUUCCGACGGCGCGGGCGCAAGUGGCCCGGUGCGGCCGCAUCUUUGCGUGCGUGUAUAGCGUCCUACGGGAGCGGCUGUCGGAGGCGUUGGCCAACGCCGAGGUGCAGCUGCCGCCGACGCUGCGGCUGCAGGCCACGAUCGCGCUCGGCCAGGACGGCGAGGCCGGAGCCAGCGAGGAGCAGCGCCCGCCGCAGCUGGAGCUGUCCACCGCCGACGGCGGCCGGACCCUGAUGCAGAUGCAGUACUUGGUCCUGGCGGCGGAGACGCUGGUGCCCUGGGUGCCGGGCCGGCAGCAGUGAGCGGGCGGGCGUCGGCUCGGCAAUGGAUGGCUGGGGGGCACGGGACUGUAAGGCAGCGGCGCUGCCAACUCGGCACGCCUGCUGCAACCGUGUCACGCGGCGUACCUAGCAAUCAAGCGGCCAGCCGUUGAUGCUCACGCCCCCGCUAGCUGGACGGCGGCGCGCUGUGGCGGCGGCAGCAGCGGCGACCGGGCAGUGGGCGCUGCUCACAGCUGGGGGUCUUGGGUGGCGGCGCGUGUCAUCCACAAACACGAACAGCAGCCUCCGCACACUUCCUACGUACCCGCGGACAGCAAAUGUUCAGCCAUUGCGUUUGCUCCUGCCGCGCCCAUGUUUGCGCCCCGCCGAGUGAUGCGGGAGGAGCACCAGAGCUGCCAAGCAAGUUGCCUAUAAGGCUUUGUCGGCCGUGCGGGUACCCAGCCAUUCUUUUUGAUGUGGAAGUAUAUGUAUUUCGUGGAAUAUGUGUGCAAGUGGCAGUGUGUGCGUAUGUGUGCGUGGGGCGCUGCGGCCGGCUGCCGCCCGCCCCUCAGCUGCUGCCGUUUGGCCCUUUGGGCGACUGUGGGAUCGCUGCCGGGGCAGUCCCGCGUGUUCAUGUGUUUUGCUGGAGCUAUGGUUGAGCGAGGGGGCUCGAGUGACGACGGGGUUCGUGCCUCCAAGCGAGCGAGCGCACAACUCACGAGAAGAGGAGGACGGGGAUUCUUGCGGCUAGGCAGAAGCAGAUUUAGCCAUGGGCCGCUUGUGCAGGCGGUGCGGUGCGGGGAGGCGGGCGGGCGGUCGCAUCACGACAGAGGUGUGCGCCAGCCUGCACUGCAGCGGGGCAAAAGCACCGGGCAGGGCUGCUACUGCUCGGGGUAGGGAAUGUGUGUGUGAGCAGGGAGCGAGCUGGAAGGGCCGUCGCGUGCUGGCGUGGGACCGAUGCACGGGAAGGAGGCGCGGGGCAGUCGUCAGUUGGGUGGAGGUCCGGUAGGCACACGGGCUGGAGGGCUGGGAUGCAGGUCUGUGGCCGACGAGGGAGCUCGCGGCUGUUCAGGGGCUGUCAGGAGGUUGCACAGUGGCCAGGCAGUAGCAAAACGUCGCCGCACUGGGCAGGGCCCAUGUGAGUGGAAGCCGACGGUAGCAGUGCCGGUGCUGGUGUGUGUGUGUGUGUGUGUGUGUGUGUGUGUGUUCCCGUGUGUGCUGGUGUGCGUCGGUGGGUCUUGUACUUACGGCUGAUUGGCGGGGGGUGUAAUCACCACCGGCAUCAGGUGUGUGUGCGGUGCGUGCCGGGGCCGCAGAUAGAGAAGGCGACAGGAUGACGACAAUGACGGUCACUCGGUCACGGGGGCACCGCGUAACAGGGCGGGUGGGGCCAUGGCCGGCAGGCUCCCCGCCCCCCUAGAAGCGGCCUCGAGCCCCUCUGCCCUCCUGCGCACACAGGCAGCAGUGCAGGCUGUGCAGCACGCACUGCUGACCAACCGCCAGACCCGUGGGCCCGCGGCGGCAUGUGGCCGCUACAGGCGUUACAGUGAGGUUGAACACAGAUGGGCCGCCCGCUGCCCUAAAGGCAGCCCGCACCAGGCCGCAGCAGCUUGCUUGCAGCAACCCGGCGUGUGUGUGUGUGUGUCCCGCCGCGCACUGUGUGUGAGCACUUAGCAGCAGUUGAUCCCGGAUAGAG